AAAAAGCCCAGUUUUUGUUGGUGGGUCAAAAGUAAAACACUUCAGUCUGAAAGUACAGCGGAUAUCGGUUUCGUAUCGGAAAUUGCCAGCUGUGGAAAGUGAAAAAUUGAGCCGUUUGAUGAGAGACUUGUCCCUUUCUGUGCUUGAUAUUAGCAGGAUCACGGUGGAUGCUCCGAAGAUCUAUAAAAUAGAUAAAAUAAUACUAAACAAACUUAUCAAACGCAACAAAAUCCGAAGGAUCUAGAUAUGAGAUUCUUGUUGUUCUAGGCUUCCAGCAUUGCUGCUGGUUUUUUUGGAAAACAGUGCGAUAUAAUUUGGCGGGGAGGUAGUGGGCUCAGGAAGGAAAUUUUAAUGGGUUCCUUGAAGAACGAAGGAAUAGCAAUGGAGCAGAUCGAUGAGGAAUCAGCGAAGGAGGCAAUCUUGUACGUCAAUGGAGUUCGAAGAGUGUUGCCUGAUGGAUUGGCUCACUUGACUCUUCUCGAGUAUCUUAGAGACAGUGGCUUGGUAGGGACAAAACUAGGCUGUGGUGAAGGUGGUUGUGGGGCAUGCACUGUUAUGGUUUCUCAUUAUGACAAAAGCUUGAAGAAAUGUGUGCAUUAUGCUGUCAAUGCAUGCUUGGCUCCUCUGUAUUCUGUAGAAGGGAUGCAUGUAAUUACAGUGGAGGGAGUUGGGAACCGCAAAAGCGGCUUGCAUCCAGUUCAAGAAUCAUUGGCCCGCUCUCAUGGUUCACAGUGUGGAUUUUGUACUCCUGGGUUUAUCAUGUCAAUGUAUGCACUAUUAAGGUCAAGCCAAGCAUCACCAACAGAAGAGCAAAUCGAAGAAUGCCUUGCUGGAAAUUUGUGCCGCUGCACUGGUUAUAGGCCAAUUAUUGAUGCCUUUCGAGUUUUUGCAAAAAGUAAUGAUGCAUUAUAUACUGAAAGUUCUACAUUAAACAAUCAAGGAGGUGAAUUUGUGUGCCCCUCAACUGGUAAACCAUGUUCAUGUAAAUCACAAACUUUAACUGGUCCUGGCAACCACAAACAAAGUACAGGUUGCGGUGAUGGUUUUGAGAUCAUCUCUUAUAGUGAGGUAAAUGGGACUACAUAUUCAGACAAGGAGCUUAUUUUUCCCCCUGAGUUGUUAUUGAGGAAAUUAAACCCCUUAAGGUUAAGCGGAUUUGGAGGGCUUAAGUGGUAUCGACCCUUGCACCUCCAACAUUUGCUUGAGUUAAAAGCUAAAUACCCUGAAGCAAAAUUAUUGAUAGGUAAUACUGAGGUUGGAAUAGAGAUGAGAUUGAAGAGAAUCCAAUAUCAGGUUUUGAUAUCCAUCACACACAUACCUGAACUCAAUGUCUUGAAUGUUAAGGAUGGCGGCUUAGAGAUUGGUGCCGCAGUAAGACUGACUGAAUUCCAGCAAAUGCUCAGAAAGAUUGUAAAUGAACGAGCUGCUCAUGAAACAUCUUCAUGUAAGGCAUUUAUUGAACAAUUAAAAUGGUUUGCUGGGACACAGAUAAGAAAUGUUGCUUCUGUAGGAGGGAAUAUAUGUACAGCAAGUCCAAUAUCAGACUUAAACCCUCUAUGGAUGGCUGCAGGAGCAAAGUUUUGUAUCAUUGAUUGCAGAGGCAACAUUAGAACAACUCUGGCAGAAAAUUUCUUCCUAGGUUAUCGGAAGGUGGAUCUUGCAAGUGAUGAAGUUUUACUCUCAAUAUUCUUACCAUGGACUAGGCCUUUUGAGUAUGUGAAAGAAUUCAAGCAGGCUCAUAGGAGGGAUGAUGAUAUUGCAAUUGUAAAUGCUGGAAUGCGUGUCUUUCUUGAGGAAAAAUUUGAACAGUGGGUGGUUUUGGAUGCAUCAAUUGUUUAUGGUGGUGUAGCUCCUCUUUCUUUGUCUGCAAUAAGAACCAAAGAUUUUAUGACCGGGAAGAAUUGGAAUCAGGAACUUUUGGAGGGUACCUUGAAAUUGCUAGAAACCGAUGUCUUGCUUAAGGAAGAUGCUCCUGGUGGGAUGGUGGAUUUUCGGAAAUCCUUAACUCUUAGUUUCUUCUUCAAAUUUUUCCUGUGGGUUUCAAAUCAGAUGGAUGGGAAGAAAUGUAUCAGAAGUAUACCAUUAUCCCAUUUGUCUGCUGUACGAUCUUUUCAUCGGCCCUCACUUGUGGGGAGUCAGGACUAUGAAAUUAGAAAACAUGGGACAGCUGUUGGUUCUCCUGAGGUUCACGUCUCAUCAAAACUUCAGGUUACGGGGGAGGCGGAAUAUGCUGAUGAUUUGCCAAUGGCUUCUAAUGGGCUGCAUGCUGCUUUAGUAUUGAGCAAAAAACCUCAUGCUCGAAUUGUUAAGAUAGAUGAUUCAGAAGCCAAGUCUUCACCUGGAUUUGCAGGCAUAUUUUUAGCCAAAGAUGUUCCAGGCGACAAUCACAUUGGCCCAGUGAUAGAUGAUGAGGAGCUGUUUGCUUCAGAGUUUGUCACUUGUGUAGGUCAGGUUAUAGGUGUGGUUGUUGCAGAUACACAUGAAAAUGCAAAAAUAGCAGCAAGAAAAGUUUGUGUUGUGUAUGAAGAGCUUCCAGCAAUAUUAUCUAUACAGGAAGCUAUUGAUGCUGACAGUUACCAUCCUAACUCGGAGAAGUAUAUGAAAAAGGGUGAUGUUGAAAACUGUUUUCAAUCAGGUCAAUGUGACAAAAUCGCAGAGGGGGAAGUUCAAGUGGGUGGUCAGGAACACUUUUACUUGGAGCCACAUGGCAGUUUGGUUUGGACAAUGGAUAGUGGUAAUGAAGUUCAUAUGAUUUCAUCUACCCAAGCUCCUCAGAAGCACCAGAAGUACGUCGCUCAUGUUCUUGGCCUUCCAAUGUCAAAAGUAGUUUGUAAAACCAAAAGAAUUGGCGGUGGAUUUGGUGGAAAGGAGACGAGGUCCGCUUUCCUUGCUGCUGCAGCUUCUGUCCCAUCAUAUCUUUUGAAUCGGCCAGUGAAAAUCAUUCUAGACAGAGAUACAGACAUGAUGAUUACUGGGCAGCGCCACAGCUUUCUUGGAAAGUACAAGGUUGGGUUUACAAAAGAGGGAAAAGUCCUUGUUUUGGAUCUCAAAAUCUACAAUAAUGCUGGGAAUUCUCUGGACCUGUCUCUUGCUGUUCUUGAGCGUGCCAUGUUUCAUUCUGACAAUGUCUACGAGAUACCAAAUGUCAGAAUACUGGGAAGGGUUUGCUUUACCAAUUUUCCUAGUAACACUGCCUUCCGAGGAUUUGGGGGCCCUCAAGGGAUGCUUAUAACUGAGAAUUGGAUUCAAAGAAUUGCUGCGGAACUUAACAAAAGCCCAGAAGAGAUACGGGAAAUCAAUUUCCAAGGUGAUGGAUCUGUAACACAUUAUGGUCAAAAACUCGAAUACUGUACGCUGACUCAGCUUUGGGAUGAACUGAAGUUAUCUUGCAACCUUCUGAAGGCUCGUGAAGAUACUAACCAAUUUAAUCUUCACAAUCGCUGGAAGAAGCGUGGUGUUGCUAUGGUUCCAACAAAAUUUGGCAUAUCCUUUACAACAAAGCUGAUGAACCAGGCAGGUGCCCUGGUUCAUGUUUAUACGGAUGGAACUGUUUUAGUUUCACAUGGAGGAGUCGAGAUGGGCCAAGGUUUACAUACAAAGGUAGCCCAAGUUGCUGCCUCUGCCUUUAAUAUCCCGCUCAAUUCUGUGUUCAUAUCAGAGACAAGCACUGACAAGGUACCUAAUGCAUCGCCAACAGCAGCUUCAGCAAGCUCUGAUAUGUAUGGAGCAGCAGUAUUGGACGCCUGUGAGCAGAUAAAGGCGCGGAUGGAGCCUGUUGCUUCAAAACAUAAUUUCAGUUCAUUUGCUGAGCUGGCAAGUGCAUGCUACGUUCAGCGAAUAGACCUUUCUGCUCAUGGAUUUCACAUUACACCUGAGAUCGGCUUUGAUUGGAGAACUGGUAAAGGAAGCCCCUUUAGGUACUACACCUAUGGGGCUGCCUUUGCUGAGGUUGAAAUUGAUACAUUGACCGGAGACUUCCACACCAGGGAAGCAGAUAUGAUCAUGGAUCUUGGAUAUUCUCUCAAUCCAGCCAUUGAUGUCGGACAGAUUGAAGGAGCCUUUAUACAAGGUUUGGGGUGGGUAGCCUUGGAAGAAUUGAAGUGGGGAGAUUCAGCUCACAAGUGGAUACCACCUGGUUGCUUGUAUACAUGUGGCCCUGGAAGUUACAAGAUUCCUUCCAUAAAUGAUGUUCCUUUCAAAUUCAGCGUGUCACUUCUAAAGGGCCAUCCAAAUGUAAAGGCCAUUCAUUCAUCUAAAGCAGUUGGUGAGCCUCCAUUUUUUCUUGCUUCGGCCGUCUUUUUUGCCAUCAAAGAUGCCAUUAAAGCUGCAAGAGCAGAAGUUGGGCAUCACGAGUGGUUUCCCCUUGAUAAUCCUGCAACGCCUGAACGAAUCCGGAUGGCCUGUUUAGAUGAAUUCACAGCACCAUUUGUAAACUCUGAUUACCGCCCCAAGCUCAGUGUUUGAUGUGUUACUGUUACAUCUUUAGCCUGCUAAAUUAUGAAUUUUUUUCACUGCA